AUGGCGAUUUCUCAAAGCUUUUUCCAAGGUCACCUUUGUGAAUGGCGACUUGCUGCAGGUGUGUCACGAGUUGGCCAUUUGGGAUGGCGACUUAUCAAAGGGGAUGUCACGAAGUCGCCUUUUGGAAAGGCGACUUGCCUAGUUCAUUAUGAGUUGUUAAAUGUUGAAGACGACGAAGAUGUUGAACUCAUGUUUGAUGUUCAUAAACAGUGGCCACAACUCGGAUAUAUCGAGUUAUAUGUCACAUUUGAGGAUGGUAAUCCAUUAUACGAUGUUGGUCAACCAUCAUCCUCAACCACACCUGACCCUGAAUACCAUUUUCAAACACAAAACACUUAUUCUUUUCAAAAUUAUGAAUCUUACCAACCCGAACUAUACUUUGACCAGGCCGAAACAUCUGAACCUGAACCAUAUAUUCCAUUAGGUGAUAUGGCCGAUUUUGAUCAACAAGAAAUAAGUGAAGAUAGUGAAGAAGAAACAUACUUUGAUGAAGAUGAGGACGAGGAAGAGGACGAGGACGACGAAGAUGACAAUGACAAUGGUGACGAUCUAGAGUACGAUCCACCAUUCUAUAUGCAUGCAUCUCUGGAGAUUGGAAUCAAGUUUAAUAGCAAACUAGAUUGUCAACUUGCAAUUAAGCAUUAUCACAUCAAACACUCCCUCAAUUACCGUGUAGUGAAAUCUGAUCAAUACAGGAUCAUACCAAGCUUGACUCUAAACAUCAUAUGUGAAAGCAUAAAGUCGCUUUUGAAAGCUGAUCCAUCAAUUAAAGUGAAGGUGAUCAUUGCACAUAUUCGGGAACGAUGCAACUACACAAUCACCUAUAAAAAGGCAUGGAUGGCAAAGAACAAAGCUACCGAAACGAUUUAUGGGAACUGGGAAAAGUCUUACAAUGACCUUCCAAGAUAUGCAUUAAAUGAGUCAUCAUUCAAGUAUUACCGCAAUGAAAUCAAGAUGGAAAAUCCAGAGGCUUUAAGAUUGAUCGAUAAUAUCUCCCCCAGAACAAUGGACUAUGGCUUAUUCUCAAGGUCGACGAUGGGGACACAUGACAACAAACGUUUCUGA